UGUUUUUUUUGCAAUCGCUUGCCAUUGCAGAAUUUGGCGCUUGGUAAUACCAAUUUGGUAUGGCAUUGUGUAAAACUUUAACAGUAAGCGUUCGUAAUAUAUAUUUUACAUACCGUUUGCCAUAUAUCAACAGCGCGGUACGACCGUGAAGAAUCAUAAAAAUGGAACAUUUUAUACAUAAUACACGCAAUCAAAAUUACUACUUUAUGAAGGGCCUUGCAUACACCGAGGACCACAUUCCGGUGCAGCAGCUUUAUCUCUACAAAAUUUCUCCAGAGCUGGCACAGCCCCAGAUAUUCAACUAUUUCAGACGCUACGGGCGCGUUAUUCGUGUUCAAAUUUUCAGUAAGCAUCAGUCAUUUUCACAACCUGGCCGUAAGCCAGGUCCAAAAACACAAACAGGGUUUGUUCUUUUCGCCCUAGCACGCGAUGCAGCGAAAGCAUUGCGGCGUAGGCACAAUAUAAACGGACUGAAUUUGUUUGCCCGUGCCAGUGAUAGCUGGCAUCAGCCGCAAGCAUAUCAUCCCAACAUGCAGCGUCGACCAAUAGCAGUGUUGCCUAAUUCAAAUGGUGAGGAACCAACGCAGAUUUUCAGGCUCAACGACUAUUGCAUGGAAUAUGUGCUCAGAUACUUGUCGCUGGUCGACCAGGUUCGAUUUGCGCGCACUUGCGUGCGUUUCAAUGCUGUCUAUAAUGCCAUGUCUUGUGUAGUGCACAAAUCUGUGGAUUUUUCAAACUUUGAUGGUAUGACAGCGUGGGACAUGCGCGACUUCUUUUCUCAGUCGGGAAGUCACGUGCAGAAGCUUGAGGGCGUCAUGCCCGAACAAAAUCGCGAACGUAUGUUGGACUUAAUUAGCCAGCACUGCCGCAACUUAAAAGUACUGAACAUGUACUCCACCGAGCUAACCACAGAGAAUUUGUAUAAGAUGUUUAGAAAACUUACCCAUUUGGAGAGCUUAAAGAUGUGCGGCUGCGACAUUAAAAAUGUACUACCGUUAAAGAAUCUAAAAUGUUUAAAAGUCCUAGAUCUUUCCGAUAACGAGGAACUGAAAGGAUCGAAUCUAAAUUGCUUGCCAGCUUCUAUUGAGUCUGUGAAGCUCUCGGGCUGUGAGAGGAUUGAACCCAUGCAUCUAGCCAGGCUAUGCAAUGCGCUGCCGCAUCUUAAAAGUCUAGAUGUUAGGCAGAUAGAAUUGAACACAAAUGCGUUUAAAUCAAUGGUGACUGGUUGCAAAGCGUUGGAGGACUUCACAAUGAGCCACUGCUCGGGCAAAUAUGAUCUUAUUGCCAAGUUUCCUAGCCUAAAGAAGCUUAUUAUUCACUUCUGGCCAACGGUAACAGAGUUCCGAAGCCUGUUAUUUUCACAGCUAAUUGAGCACAAAGCGGACCAGCUCGAGCAUUUAGAAAUGCGUGGCUGUCGCAGCUUAAACACAAAUGAUAUGGCGGCCAACAUCGCAAAAUUAACAGCAUUGCGGACCCUCAUCUUACCGUUUAACUCAAUAAUUGCCGACGAAUUACAGAAAUUUAGCCAACUAAAAAAACUGCAGCACCUCAACAUAAUGAACAGUUCCAAUGCAAGUGACAGCGUUAUUAUGCGUCUGAUAAUUGCCUGUCCUGAGUUGCGCGUUUUAAAUGUGGAGGGUUGCAAGAAAAUAACCAAAAAGCUCGUCGACGAGGUAAUCGAGAAAGUAGGCCUGCAAAUCAAGAACAAGGAUAGCCAACGCCAGCUGCCUAUCAAACUGUAUGCAUAUCAGACCGAAAUUAGCGAAUUCUUGCUUCAAGAACCUAAGUACUCGGAUGCAAAGAAAAUUUUAGACAUAUGUUUUAAACCUUCUGAGCCCGAUUACACAGUCGAAGACUGUCUUAGCAGUAUGUUUCAUAUACAUGCUGAAGGGUUUCAUCGCGCAGGUUUCGUCCUCGACUCCGAUGACGAUUUAGAAUUUGUUCAUGAUCCUUAUUUAUUCGACAUUGGCUUUGAUCCCGACGAUGAUGAUGAUGAUUAUAACAACAGAUUUAACAGGCUACUCAUGAGGGAAAUUUAUGAAGAAUUGUUCAAUGAUGAUAAUGAAUUCGAUGACCUUUCAACAGACGAAGGAGAGGAUUGGUUCCUUUAAGGAAAUGUCAUUUAUGUUAUAGCGUUAAAUGAGUUAACCAGAUGAAAUAAUUGGAUACACACUAUACUUGUUUUUGUUGUUUGCUUUGUUAAAAAUAAUGAAAGAUGCGAGAAAGUAUUUGAAUGCAAGAUGAAGGAUAUCAAUAUAUUUUAUUACCAACAUAAAUACAUGUUUAUUCAAUAGAAAUAAGAUAAAAUAUUCAAAUAAAUCUGCGUGUUAUAACA